GAGGCUCCCCAACAGCGCGCAAAUGCCAACCGCGUACUACUUACCAUUGAUUUGACACCAGCCGUAUGCGCUGAAGCCCUCAAUUCACCCACCGCCAUGAUUGUGUCAUACCACCCGCCAAUCUUCAAGCCUCUCUCCGCGUUGACGUUAUCCAACCCACUGCAGGGAUCGCUGUUGCGCUGUGCUGCCGCGGGAAUCUCCAUAUAUACUCCACACACUGCUCUUGAUUCCGUCAUAGGCGGGAUCAACGACUGGCUCUGUCUCGGUGUCAACAACCAGCUCGUCCCAACACGGGAUGCAUGGCGAUACAUCGGCGAACCCAACAGCGAAGGCUUGGGCGGCUCAGGCCGCAUGAUCAAGCUCAGCGAGCCCGUCAGUAUGCAGGAAUUGCAGCGCAGGAUCAAGAGUCAUUUAAAAUUGGAUCACAUCCAAGUCGCAUAUACCUCCGCCCGCGAUUUGACGAACGUCCAAUCUGUCGCAGUGUGCGCAGGAUCUGGAGGUUCAGUGCUCCUCGGAGUAGACGCCGAUGUCUACUUCACAGGCGAGAUGGCCCACCACGAGGUGCUUGCGGCCGUGGCUAGCGGCCACAAUGUUAUCCUAUGCGGCCACACGAAUACAGAGCGCGGGUAUCUACCUGUACUUGCUGAAAAAUUAGUGCGCGAGCUAUCCUUCGACGCGCGUUCUGGAACAUCCGAGCCACCAACACUUGAUGUACAAGUAAGCAAGGAGGAUUGCCACCCUCUUGUCAUUGUAUAA